AUGGGCGAGUCCCCACCAAAGGCUGUGCCUGAGGGGCUUCCAGGAGCCAUCCAGAGCAGCAGUGGCCGAACGACUCCCGCCUGCAGACCCAUUCAAGGGGGCUGUGACCCACGAGGGACAGUGGCGGCAGCGGAGGCUCCGAUGGUGCCACUGCUCGGUGGCUGGGACCAGCGCUGGCUCCGGGAGCCCUGGGAUGCCCUGUGCGGUUGGUGCUUCGGCACUCGGUGUGGCAGUGGGCAGGGGCCGAGGCGCCCGUCUUUUAAUUUGCCCUGGAGGAGCUGCCGUGGCCGCCGCUGCCUCUGCCAGUCAGGAAUAAACACCAGAGGAGCAGUUCUGGGAAGUGAGGCUGCGGUGAACCAGCUGGUCUGCAAUGCAAACGAGCUCUGGAGCGCUGCCGGGGGCGGGAGUGGCGAAACGGGGGCCGGGCCGGGCUUCCCGCAGCCGAGGCUGGGCGGCACGAACGUGGCUCUGCCGGGCACAGCGGCGGAACCCGCACGACACCCAAUCAGGGCUGCGCUUCGCCCUGCCCGGUGUGAGAAGCAAUGGGGACACGAGCAGGGACCAGCACUUCCCUCCGUGACCAUACACUAUGCUCACCCAGGGGAGGUGCCAAGGCGGGCGCAGGGGUCGGCGAAGGACGGGCAGGAGCGCACCCGGGGCCGGGCUCUCCAAGGGCUUUGGGAGAGAAGGGCUCCGGGAGACCCAGGCAGGCUGAAAGCCAGGACGGCAGCCAAGCUCCCGGGGCUCGGGUGUAAGGCCAUCCUGUGUGUGCGUGGGCCGAGGAAAUCCCCGGGCAGGCGCCGCCGGGCACCGAGCCCGCCCUGGGGCGUUCCCGAGCUCUUUCCGACAGUUCCCACUCGGAGCAGGCCCUCCGCGCGGCGGGAGCGGCGGGAGCGGCGGGAGCGGCGGGGACCCGGGCGGCCCGGAAGCGGAAGGGCGGUCCGGCCGCGUCGCCAUGGCAGCAGCCGGAAGCGGAAGGCGCGCAGGCUGAUGGCGGCGGCGGCGGCGGGGGGGACGGCGCUGUGGCGGCGGCUCUCGGCCUGGCUGCCCCGGGGCCGCCUCGGGCUGGCCGCCCUGCUUGGCCGCCUCUCCGACCGCCUGUCUCGUGGCCGCGACCGCCGCGCCCGCAGAUCAUCAUGGCUUCUUCUAGCCCCACUGCUCACCCCUCCUGUCCCUGUGAUCACAGCCCCACCCUGUUCACUCUGUCCAGAAGGAGCACACAGAUUCCAGUGGAUCAGGAACCUGGUGCCAGAGUUUGGAAUCUCCAGCUCACAUGUCAAGGUACUUUCAUCCCCAGCUGAAUUCUACGAACUCUUGAAGGUGCAGCUAAAGACAGCCAAGCAGAGAGUGGUGAUGGCUUCACUGUACCUGGGAACGGGGCUACUCGAACAGGAGCUGGUGGAUUGCUUAGAAGAAACACUGGAGAAAUCUGUUCAAGCCAAAGGAUCAUCUAACUUCAGAGUUUCCAUUCUCCUUGACUACACCAGGGGGUCUCGGGGCAGGAAGAACUCUCGAACUAUGCUGAUCCCAUUGCUGCAGAGAUUUCCCGAGCAGGUCCGCGUGUCCCUCUUCCACACUCCAAACUUGCGUGGGCUUCUCAGGCUCCUGAUUCCAGAGCGUUUCAAUGAGACCAUUGGGCUGCAGCACAUCAAGGUCUAUCUCUUUGAUGAUAAUGUCAUCCUCAGUGGUGCAAACCUGAGUGAUUUGUACUUCACCAAUCGUCAGGAUCGCUAUGUUCUCCUGCAGGACUCUCCUGAGAUUGCAGACUUCUUCACAGAGCUGGUGGAUGCAAUCGGGGAUGUGUCUCUGCAAUUACAGCGAGAUGAUACAGUCCAGAUGAUGGAGGGGAUGGAACACCCGUACCAAGGAGACAAGGUAGCUUACUGUGAGAUAGCAAAUCAAAGGGUCAUGGAGGUGAUCAACUCUGCCAAAACACGGCAAGAGCUCCUUCACGCAAAGACUUUCCACAGCAGCCAGCAAGGCAGCUCCUUGAUAUCCCAACAAGGAUCUCAAGCAUCAGAGGGUCUGAAACCAGAACCUGACACCUGGAUCUAUCCCUUAAUCCAAAUGAAACCUUUUGGGAUUCAAAUAGAUGAGAUGGUCACAGAGACACUGCUGACAGAAGCUGAGCGAGAUGCCAGGAUAUACCUUACCACCGGCUACUUCAACCUGACACAAGCGUACAUGGACCUCAUUCUGGGCACCAGGGCUGAGUAUCGCAUUCUUCUGGCCUCACCAGAGGUGAAUGGCUUUUUUGGUGCCAAAGGGGUGGCAGGUGCCAUCCCUGCUGCCUACGUUUACAUCGAACACCAGUUUUACAGUGAGGUCUGCUACCUUCACCAGCAGGAAAGGGUUCAGCUGCAGGAGUACUCCAGGGCUGGGUGGACCUUCCAUGCCAAAGGCCUCUGGCUGUACCUGGCGGGGAGUGAUCUUCCCUGCCUCACUCUCAUUGGCUCCCCAAAUUUUGGAUAUAGGUCGGUUCAUCGGGACUUGGAAGCCCAGGUUGCCAUAGUGACUGAAAACAAAGCUCUGCAGCAGCAGCUCCAUCGGGAACAGGAGCAGCUUUAUCUCUGCUCAAGUGUAGUCUCCUCAGCAACAUUUGAGCAGCCAAAUCGUUAUGUGAAGCUGUGGGUGAAGCUGGUAACACCUCUGAUCAAAAAUUUCUUUUGAAAGAAGAAAAGCUUCUGCUUUAGGUUGAAGGUCCAGACAUAGGUGGGACCACGCAUCCGUGUCUUAUAGACAGGACAUUCAUAGACGUUCUUGGUGUCCAGACGGUCGGCAGGGAUGGCUCUGAUGAAGAUGACUGGCAUCAAGGGCGUCAGCUCCUUCAGCCGGGCGUCUGCCAUCGUGCCGGAGGGCACGUCCCAUCGCGCGCCUGCAACGUUAGCAGAUUGUCAGGGUACCAGGGGCUUUGUCUCUUGGAGGGGUUGUUUUCAGAACUACUGCUGGGUGGGAAGGAGUUGCUGUUAGCAGCAGGGUUUAGGUUGCAGUGUGAACGUUGGUUGGGUGGCAAUGCUUGGUAGUCGUUGGGGCUGUUUUCUCAUCUCACUGUGAUUCCUGGAUGCGUUUUUGCCUUACUGUGUGUGGGAUGCCUCAAUAAACUCUGUCCCCGCUCAUCCCUUCAGCAUGGGUUUGCAUGGAAGCUGCAGAGUUGGAGACACGACCUGGCUGUGGUGAGACUAUGCUAAGCUGUCCUGUGUGGUCUGUCCACCUUGCACUGCUCUGCCAUCUCUUUCCCUCUACUUGUUUAGCAGCAAUUACUUUAGGUUCUGGGUUUCCUGGGUUGCCUUACUCGCGCAUCACAUAAGAGUGUAGUGCAUUUAUUCCCUAGAACCGUGAACCUCAAAUGACUCAGUCCUCAGGUUGGGAAUCUGCGAUCUCAGUUUCCAAACCCCAGCCCCCGGGGUCUGAAACUGCUCGUAAGCGGCUGGGUGCUGCCCUCGGCUGGCGUGUCCCUGACACUGGCGUGGAGCAACGGCUCUGCUGCUCAGUCACAGGAGCCAGCGAGUACCAGCACCUGCCCUCUUUGCAGGGGUUUUCAAGGCUGAAUUGGGCCUUCUCCUUAUCUAAAACAUCUUAUAGAAGAUACAGUCUUUUACCUUCCAUGAAUAAUCCGUGCACAUAGGAGCCUUCUCGGGGUGGAGCUCUUACAUCGUCCUGGCUUUUCUUGGUCACUUCUACGGAGAGACACAUCUUGUCGAGUGGCCACUCGUUUUUCCUGGCCAUGGACUGCAUGAUGGCAGUGAGGAAGGACUGGGGGUUGAAGAACCCUGCCAGCCACACUGUUGCAGGCAGUGCAAAGUCUGUUGUCCAGACUUCCAGUUCCUGGAAAGAAAAAUCAGCAAAGUACUUUAGAGCAAAGCGUGGCCUUCAAGUAGUAGAAUAUUGCUUUGGUGUGACAAAGAACUGAUGUGUCCCUGUGCCUAAGGUGAGUUCCAGAUAAUCCUCUAGAUGGGGAGGCUGGGAUGGAGGUGAUCUGUGAGGAAUAAACAGCAGAUUCCACUGCAGCACUGACAUUUAAACCAUAAAUUUGGAUUGCAGUAAAUUCUGCUGCUAUUUUUUUUUAACAAAGCCACACUUUAAAUAGAUUAUUUUAUGAAAUGUAUUUUUCUUCUGGGACAUGGAAAGUUUUGGUGGGGUUAGCUAAUACUCUAAUGGUGAUAUGCUCUGAUGGUGAACCCUUUCUCAAUCAUCUGCUCUCCUUCUUGGAGCCCUUUUCAGGUACUUCAGACUGCUUAAUUUAAUAUUGAAAAAUAAACCAGUUAACCACUGUGCA